UUUGGGGGCGGGGGCAGGGGCAGAGAGAGGUCUCUUGUUUAACCGCAGCUGCUCUGCCCAAAAUUAAGCUUUUGGGUUCUGUAAAACGUAAGGGUUGGGUGAGAAUGUCUGACGUGGUGAUGAAGGAAGAAGGCAGUGACACCUUCAGUGUUAAGGAACUCGAUGUUGUUCUACCACGGUACCAGCCGUUUAAUGGAUAUACAUCACCCUUCGACUUUAUUUUACCACCGUACAAACAGUUUCAUGGAUCAGUUUGUAAACGUCCUCCUCCCCAAGAGCUGAUUCCCAUUAAGGAGGCCGAGGCAGAGCUCGAAAACUUGCACCUUCCUAGUUCUGAAGAGGAGGAUUUUGAUGCUGUCCUACCACUGGAUUUAAUGGUAUCACCAUCAUUGAAUCCGAACUCUACACCAGAUUAUGACUUCUCCAAUUAUCCUCAGUUCAGUGCUCCUUGUCAAGUAACUUAUACUCCCACUCCUCCCGGCGGUCACUUGGUUUUGUCUUACAACAGCCGUAAUGAUGCUUUUUAUGCGGAGCCUCUGCUCUGCGCCAAAAUUGGACUUCAUUGCUACAAUCUCGAAAAUGGGACUAACUUUGAACGUUUGGGUGUGCCUGAAGUAGCCGAGCACACCGGAGUGUUGACAUUAGAUGCAUGUGAUCCAGCAAGAGAUUGCCUCUGCAAGUUUGAAACAAAAGUUUGGUAUCCCACUGAGAAAAAAGAUUGCUUCCAUGUUAUCACAUCCCGCUGCAGAACCUUGCCCCCACCUCCUCCAGAGGAGGAGAAAAAGGAAGAAAGUGGCUUUGACACACUUUCCGUGGAUGAACUAUUCAAAGGCAACAUGCCCGAUUGGUUGCCUGGUGACAGUAAGCUGCAUUACUACGAGAUGAAAGAAUCAGAGGUGGAACAAGCCAAAGAAUGGCUUCUUCUUUACGCUGAACUAGCCUGGUACACCAAGAAGCAGACGGACCCGUUCAUGUUUGAGUAUGGAAAGCCAUUUGAGCUGCGAAAGAUAACUGUUCAAACCAAAGAAGUUGUCGACUCAAUGAAAAACGUAAAGUUGGAUAAUGCAGUUUUCUACAUUAGCUUCCGGACAAGGUGCGGUGUUGUCUGCAAAGGUGUCAUAAGGAGAACAAGGGAUGGGAGGCCCGAGCAUUUAUCCCUUGAAGCCAAGUGUUUCAUGUGAUUUGAGAAUCCCCAUUAUUUACUUAAUGGGU